CACGAGCUUUGAAAUUUUCUUUUAUCAAAUUUUCAUUUUCAUGUAGAUAAUGCAUAAAAAUUGAAUUAAUUUAUACUGCUUGUUGACUAGUUGUGUCAUAUUUGCUUUUGAUUUAUAAGACUGAGAAAGUUAAGUUGAGAUAAGAAUUAAAGAAGACAUAUUUGAUUUAUAUACGAGUUAUUGGGCUACUGUCUUGUUUCAAAAUGAGUCUGAGUAAAAUUAUUGGAAGUUUAGAUGUGAAGGAAUCCAAGUAUGAUUCUGUUGUCGUGGUAACAGAUGCUAUAGAAAAACUGACUGGAAAUCUAGAAUGUCUUCAGGCACCUCUUCGCAAGUAUUCAGAGAUUGAUCAAAGUUGUUGUAAGAAGUUGGUAUUUUUGGAUACAGAUGUUGUUCCUGGAAGAAGACUUAUAUUUUCUCCUACUGGACUGUUGAAUAGAGAUUAUGAUGAUGUUAGAAGGUUUGCUGAUGCAGCUAUUGCUGGUAUCAAGAGAGCUGUACAAGCAGGAAGUAAAGCACCUCUAUUAGUUCGACCUGUUGAUGAUAGUUUUCCUAAAGCUGGUCUAGUUUCUUUACUUGGUGCCCUUCAUGCUUUAUAUGUGCCUCUAGAAGUAAGAGAGGCCAAUCCAGCUAAGAGUAAGAAAGUUGAUACACUGGGUGUUUGGUGUGAUGAUCAAACUAGACUUGAAAAAGGAAUUGCCAUUGGUUCUACUUUGGAAUUAGCAAGAUCAGUAUGUAGAGAUAUUGGUGGAUCAGAUCCAGAAAGAAUGGCAGCUAUUAGAGUAGAAGAAUAUCUCGGACAACAAUUAAAUGGUACUAACAUCACAAUUGAUGUAAUAUCUGAUGUGAACAUUUUAGAAAAAGAAUAUCCAUUAUUAGCUGCUGUCAAUAGAGCUGCUAAUACUGUUGAAAGACAUCGUGGAAGAGUGAUAUUUUUAGAAUAUAAUGGUGAAGGUCCAAUAGAAAAAACAUUAUUCUUUGUUGGAAAAGGUAUAACAUAUGAUACUGGUGGAGCUGAUAUAAAGGCUGGUGGUAUUAUGGCUGGUAUGCAUAGAGAUAAAUGUGGUGCUGCAGCUGUAGCAGGAUUCUUUAUGUUACUUGGACAAUUGAAGCCUAAAGGUAUUCGAGCUGUUGGUGCCAUGGCAAUGGUUAGAAAUAGUGUUGGAGAAGAAUCAUAUGUAGCUGAUGAAAUAAUAACAUCUAGAGCUGGUGUUCGUGUAAGAGUAGGUAAUACUGAUGCUGAAGGUAGAAUGGUUAUGGCUGAUGUUUUGUGCAGAUGCAAAGAAUUGGCUUUGCAGGCAGUUAAUCCAGAAAUAUUUACUAUAGCUACAUUAACAGGACAUGCUAUUAGAGCUAUGGGCUUCAAUUACUCUAUCAUCAUGGAUAAUGGACCAGCCAGAAAAUUACAAACAGCUCAAAAAGUUCAAUCUGCUGGUGAAGAAUAUGGAGAUCCUUUUGAGGUUUCUACUGUUAGAAGAGAGGAUUAUGAUUUUGUUGUGGGACCAUCAGAAUAUGAAGAUAUCUUACAAUGUAACAAUGCACCAUCAAGUGCUACACCACGAGGUCACCAAUUUCCUGCUGCUUUUAUGAUCAGAGCUGCCGGCUUGGAUAAGCAUGGUAUUGAUUCAGAGAAACCAUUACCCUAUUCUCAUAUGGACAUAGCUGGUUCAUCUGGACCUUUCCCUGGUGUACCAACUGGAGCACCAAUAGUAGCUUUAGCAGCUAACUACAUUCUACCAAGAAUUUAAGAACCUUCAUGGAAUAUCAUGUCAAUAACUGAUUGUAAAGGUCUUUAUGUGUAUAAAAGUUUUGUCAAUGACAUAUAUGUCCACAACAAUCAUUUCUAGUUGCUAAUAAACUAUUUUAUUAUAGUAAAUUAAUUAAGUUAUCAAUUUUGGAAGUAAUGUAUUGUUAUAGCUAUUGUUAUCUCUUUUUUCUGAUUGAGGUUUGUCUACAAUUAAAUAUAAUCAAUAAAUAAUAAUGGCAAAGUAGAAGUCAUAGAAGUUAAUAGAGAAUAAUGUUUAUAAUGAUCUAAAAUCUACCACUGUCUUACAUACUUGUGUAUAAAUAGAUUUGCUUUGUUUUUUAAGUAAAACUACAUGUAUUAUUGAUGAUCUGUCUUUAAACUAAACCAAAUUAUGCAAAGUGCCAAACUUAUCUUGACUGAUUUCAACAAUUUCAAUUUUGGAUAUUUUCUAAUAUAUCACUGUAACUGAAGUGAGUUUAUGGUUCAAUGCUUUAAUGAAACCAUAAACUGAACUGCAUACAAUUAAAUUGUAACAUUAAAAUCUAAAUCAUUCAUCAAGUGUGCUUUUUAUACGCCCACAUGGAAAUGUGUAAUAAAUAAUAAAACUUGAC